GACGCAGUUGGACUUGACUCUGAGCGUUAUAACAGAGCGAUUUACAUCCAACCAAUCGUAUUCGCUCAUCCACAACUCGCCAGGGGUCCGGAUAGAGGGUCUUUUCCAGCUGGGCCAUAAUUUCAUCGCAUAUUUAAACCUCGACGCCCAUCGCCACCGACAAAGGCUGAAGCAUUCAUUUCCUUUCUAAUUGCGAGGCGUUCUGAUUAUCUGGUCGGAGUCUUUCUUUAGCAGCCAUGUCGACGACGACGACGACGACCACAACCACCACUCAGGCGCAGCCGAUCACGGCCGAGACCAUCCUCCGCCUCUUUCCCGACAUCGACACCACCAGCGAGGCGCUGUCUGGCCACGAUGAGGAGCAGAUCCGUUUGAUGGACGAGGUCUGCAUUGUGACGGACGAGAACGAUGCGCCAAUUGGCACUGCCAGCAAGAAGAUCUGCCACUUGAUGACCAACAUCGACAAGGGCCUCCUGCACCGCGCCUUUUCAGUCUUCCUCUUCAACGACAAGAACGAGCUGCUCCUCCAGCAGCGCGCGUCGGAAAAGAUCACCUUCCCCGACAUGUGGACCAACACCUGCUGCUCCCACCCUCUGAGCAUCCCCACCGAGACCGGCGCCAACCUGGUCGACUCCAUUGCCGGAGCGAAGCGAGCGGCGCAGCGCAAGCUGGAUCACGAGCUGGGCAUCAAGAAGGAGCAGGUUCCCUUUGAGGACUUUCACUUCCUGACUCGAAUCCACUACAAGGCCCCUAGCGACGGCAAAUGGGGCGAGCACGAGAUCGACUACAUCCUCUUCAUCAAGGCCAACGUCGACGUCAACCCCAACCCCAACGAAGUCCAGGCCACCCAGUACGUUACCGCCGACGGCCUCAAGAAGCUCUUCGAGGACCCCAGCCUCAAGUUCACUCCCUGGUUCAAGCUCAUCUGCAACUCGAUGCUCUUUGAGUGGUGGGCGAGCCUCGAUUCCGGCCUGGAGAAGUACACCAACGAGCAGGAGAUUCGACGAAUGCUGUAAAUGGGGUUUAAUACGAAUACGAUGGGUUGUAAUACGAAUAAGCGUGCGAAAAUAAUUGUUUGUUGCUCUAGAAGAAGAGUAGAAUUAGAUACCAAAAUGCGAUGAUCAAAAUAUUACG